AUGCAAGGCCCUCACGUUUUGCGAAUCUAUAAUUUGUUUUUUGCCCUGGACUCUGCACAAGGUGGAGCGCGCAGUGCAGGGCCUUUUGCAUAUAUCCUGCGAACGAGGGGAGUACGGGAAGCGUGGAGCCUAGAGUACGGUGGUCUCCGACGAGCCAGAUAUUUGGUCAUGUCUGGUAAUAUUGCUUCGCGUCUAUUUUCAACUACGUCAGUGCUUAAAAGGUGA